AUGGAACAACGAACUUUUUUGGUUGGUCUUGCCGAAGAAAAUCAAAGUGCUUCUUUACGCUUGGAUUCUUAUUUAACUAAGAUUUGUGAAGAUUUAUCAAGAUCUCGCCUAAAACGCCUGAUUGAACAAGGACAUGUCAGCGUUCAGGGACAAGUUAUUCUUUCUCCAAAACAUCGAUUAAAGCCUGGAGAUUCUAUCCAUUUAAAUCUUCCUUCUGUUAAACCAACGCAUCUUUCUGCGCAGCCUUUAGAUCUAGAUAUUAUCUUCGAAGAUGACGACAUUAUUGUCAUUAACAAACCAGCAGGAUUGGUCGUUCAUCCUGGAGCUGGUAACCCAGAUCAUACACUUGUCAAUGCGCUCUUAGCUCAUUGUGGCGAUAGCUUUUUGAAUAUAGGAGGACAAGAACGUCCUGGCCUUGUCCAUCGCUUAGAUAAAGAUACAAGCGGUUUAAUGGUUGCUGCAAAAACAGAGCAAGCUUACCAAGGCCUUACAAAACAAUUUUCUGAUCGUACCAUUAAACGCAUUUAUCAAGCUCUUGUUUGGGGAAUCGUUAGCCCUUUUCAAGGAAAGAUCGACCAACCAAUUGCGCGCCACCCCCGGCAACGUCAAAAAAUGGCUGUUUUACGCAAUGGCCGCCCAGCAGUGACGCAUUAUCAGGUAUUAGAAUCUUUUCCUCCUUAUUUAACACUGGUUGAAUGUCAAUUAGAAACAGGACGUACCCAUCAAAUUCGUGUCCACAUGACCUCUAUUCAGCACCCUCUUUUCGCAGACUCGGCCUAUGGGCGCCCUCCAAAGGGCUUAUUUAUAGAUGACCUGAAAGAGGCUUCUCAAAAAUUAAGACGGCAAGCAUUACAUGCAAAGUCCCUAAGUUUUCUUCAUCCAAUCUCUGGAGAAAACAUUGAUUUGACUCUAAUUUGCCGGAAGACCUUAUGA